AUGUCAAGCUCAAGCAAUGCCGCUCCAUUGAGUGAGGAAGAGAAGCGUAGGAUCCUCAGAGAGAGAAGGCAAGCCAAGAUGGCCAAAGGGAAAGCCAGCGACAGGUUGAAUACCAUUCUAACUCAGGGUGCAUCAGUUAACAGUUCAACGGUGACAUCAGUCUUGGAUAAGCCCGAGCCUAGCAGUACCACUACUUUACCAACACCUUUAUCACACGAUGAUGACCCAGAUAUUCAAGACAUAUCCACAAUAACUGCAACUGAUUCACCUUUAGGAGAAAAGGACCCUCAAGCUGAAAUCAACGAAAUGUUCAAAUCAAUUUUUCAACAGCAACAACAGUCGUCUCAAGGUGAAAACAACCCUAUGGCGGAUAUUUUCAAGAUGUUUGGUGAUGCAAAUGCAGCAAGUGAUGAAAGCAUUCAACCUCCGGAUUCGGCUCAGUCACAAUAUGAACAGCAAUUGAACCAGUAUCACUUGUAUCAGAAACAAGUAUGGAAGUUUCGAUUCACUGCUGUGAGAGUAUUGACAAUAUUGGCAUAUUUUUUCUACCAUUACUACAGUAUACCUUCAUUUACAGCAUCUAAUCAUUCGUACGUAAGGGAUUUAUCGGAAAUUUAUCCCUUGAGUGGAUUUGCUCAAGGAUUCUUCACCUUGGAGAUUGUGAUAAUCGCAAGCUACUAUUUUGUUCUUACUAAGCACGGUUUAUUCCACGCUGCCAGACAAAACAAUCUUGUAAUGAAGGGAGUGCAAGUGGUGUCAAUGUUUGCCCCACAAGUACAACAAUUAGCUCCUAUUCUUCUGAGAGUUCUUGAGUACAAGGAAUUACUAGGUAUAUUCCUUGGAGAUCUCUCGUUAGUUGUGGUGUUAUUUGGCUUAUUAAGUUUUAGGGAUUAA